GUAGUUGUGUGAGGCAGCUGGAAGCAGAGGGGCGGGGAGGGGGCGCAGUCAGAGCUCACAUUCAUUAACGACCACCGUCAAACCGGGAAGCCUUCUUCCCCGGUAGCACAGCGGACACACAGACAUACACACACGCUCGGCCGGAAAAGAUGGUCGCGGUACAGACGUUCCCUAACUCGUCUCCUUUGCCAGAAUGGAUCUGCUGCCUGGAUAAGAGGUGCGUUAACAAAAUACACUUUGAGAAACACACACACACACACGCGCUGCUGUGACCGUGUUUUCUCCCAUUCACCCGCGUCAACGUGAUGGAUCGCAACCGGCGAUCGGUGCGCGUGCAAUUUCUGUGUAUGUGUGUGUGUGUGUGUGUGUGAGUGCAACAACGGCACGAUACUCGCUGUUUUUAGCAUAGCCGACUAUCUCCUCCUGCCGUUUCCUUUGUUGAUGCAUCCCUCGUUUGACGAGUGUAAAUGCUGUAAAUGCAUGCCCGUAUUUUGUGUUUGUUUUCAAUAUUCCUGUUUUUGUGUGUCCUCGGUCAAAAAGGCGUUGGUGGCUUCGAGGUGAUGUCUGCGCACCGCAUUGGAUGUAAUGUGGCUGUGAAGACGCACAUGGUUUAUUUCUGUCAGAUAAAUCACACACCCAUACAUUUUUAAAAUACUACAGUGAUAGUGCUUUCCUCGAAAAGGGGAUUAAAGCAGGUCAAUGCUUUGUGUUUUCAUUGCUGCAUGAAAGGCUGGAGGACGUGUGUCUGGUUUGAAUGAAUGGAUAGACAAUUUAGAGAAUUUAGAGAGUGUUCAUUUACAACUCUUACCCUUAGUUCACAUCCAGGUGCCGCAGUAGAUAGAACACAUUGCUGUAUCUCUUCUGUUAACAAUACAGGUUUGGUGCUGCAGGCAUACUACUGUGCCAAAAAAGGCAUAGCACCCCAGAGAGAGGGCUUAAAUAAAUAAACAAGAUGAAAUGGCUGCCUUUAGGCUAAUUACUGUGGGUGAUAUACUCCACACAAACAAUGCCAUAUAGACAGACACCCCACAGCUUUGACAGCCACACAUGCUGGACACACGUCACUAUGACACAUCCUUAAGUUACCAUUGACAACCCAAGCUACCAUCUUGUCUCCUCAUCCUCACCUGGAUACACUAUCUCAAUUGUGUGUAGUUUUUGAUGAAGUGAAGGGAAAAUGGAAUAAAGUGGCUAAUUUGGGAUUUGAUUUAUCUCAUGGUUGUUCUGUAACAUGUCAAACUGCAUGCUCUUUAAUCUUAGAAAUGUGGAAAAAUGCCCAAUCAAACAAACAAACAGAGAUAUCAAAUCAAAUUAUUUGUAACAACCAAAAAUCUACAGGUACUACAAGAGCUUAUGUGGGCUGGUGAGAAGUACAAAAUCAUAAAGAAGUAUAGUUAAGUUUGAUCUGUUUGUUAAAUUAACCUGAAACAAAAUUCAUGUUAAAAAAAGCAAGAAAUUUGACUUGAUUGCAGUCACAGCCUAUGGAAAAUAUCCAAACCCAGUCCUCUCUUUUGUCUUAUACCUGCUACUGAAAUUACCAAAUAUUAAUAGGGACGCCACACCCAAGACCUGAUGACUGGAAGGGAUUUACCCAAUUAAGAGUGCAGCAAAACAAAUAAUGAACUCAGGCAAAGUCAGCAUUAUGGGUUCUACAAGGUGCAAAAGAUGUCAAAACCACAACAUUGUUCUGUCAAAUGGUUUAGCAUCAUUUAGUGUUUAUUUUUGAGGCUUUUGGUUUGCAUUUUUUUGACCACAGUGGAUAAAACACUAUUACAAAUAUUUUGCAAUGCACUAACUAUCAAAUGCAUCUCUGAUUGAGAUCCAUUGUUGUGGAAACUUGUUGAAACAAACACUGUAUUUGGAUAAUCAUCUUGCUUCUGAUGCUACUGUUUGCUCUAUUUGGCCAUACAGAGACAUCAAUUUAAAGCUACAGUACAGUUUUUCAAAUUUCGCUGAUUUUGGCGCCUCCCCAUGGACAAAGUAAUACAUUUUACACCUGUACAUGUUGGUAUUGUAUUCUGAUAGAAAUGUCAUCCUGCCUUUUUUGUAUCAGUCAAACUCAUUAUGUACAUUUCCAUUGGAAAUUUAAACAAAGGCGGUUGGGCAGGGUACUUAGUUUGACACCUACCCCUCAGCAGUAAUUACAGGUAUUAAAAUAACAAGAUUAAAAUGAUCAGUCUGGUCAUUUUGUUAAUCAUGGUGUGCUUCAUAACUGGCACAUACUCCUCAAAGGAUCUUUAAAAUGCGAUGCAUCGGGUUAAAUGCAAUGCAAAACCAGGGUCUUAAUCCUUAUUUAGCUGGAAUGUUAUAGUCAUUAUCCAAUCUGGUAUUCAGCUAGCAGCAAACUACAGAGCUGAGGAUGUCAGUCUAAAUGCAGCUGAUGUGCUGUAGUAGCUGGGUGUCAGCGAGUGCAGUCUUGGUUGUAAGAUUAGACUGGACAGCAUCUUAUUGCAGAGCACUCAGUGCUCCUCAGCUAUGCACCUCCAGAUUCAAUCAAUAUCAAGCUGAGUGUGUGUGUGUGUGUGUGUGUGUGUGAGCGUUCAUCUACAGUAGCUGUUGAUGUUUGGAUUGAAGACAAGUGAAGAGGGGGGAAGGUACAAAAGACAGAGGUUAAGAUACGACUGUCUGUGAUAUAUCUGUCUGAAGACAUUUACGACCAUUGGUGUGAAGUAUGUUAGAUAACAGCUGAUUUGUUUUGGUCAGUGUCAGCCUCAGGCGGUACAGCCCACACACCAACACAGCACCGGUCCAGAUAUCGGCUAAAGUUUUUUUGCAAGUUAAAACACUGUGUCUAGCUCAAACUCUUUUACACGCGUGGCUUUAUUUGGUUUCACCUUAGAGGUUGAGAAGUGAUGAGUAGAGUGAUCUGUUAAUGAGAAAUAAGAAAUGAUGCUGCUGCUGCUGAUGUAUUAUUCAGUGUUUUUAACAGGAUCACAGGUUGUAGUGGUGAUAAAGUUGUGUGCUGAUGAAGCUGUGCGUCCAUUAAAGUCUGUCUGCUACAUUAAUCCGCCAGUCUUGGAAAUGUGUUUGCGUUGGGACUCGGUGACAUUUCAGUUGGAUCACCUACGAUUUAUUUGUCUAGAAACAGAACUCUCGCAGAUGGAUGUUUCCUGUAACAAUCUGCAAAGCCUUCUGCUAUCUCGGUUUCCUUCUCAGUGUGUCAUGCCGGUCAAUAUGUAAAAUCCUGCAUCAGUGUGGGACCAUAUUUUGUGGUUGAAAGAUGAGAAGGACAGUAGAGGAGGAGGAGAUAAAGAGAAGCAAAGUAAGGGAUAAAAAGUGUCAUGAGGGGGUGAUCUCAGGCAAUCUGACGGGGCAGAUUCCCCUCGAAGAGACGGGAAUUGGACUAAACACCUGAGAAACAGCAGUAAAGAAAAAACAGGGAUUUAACAGGGGGAUUAUUACUGACACAUCUUUACAGUUUCCCUGCAGAGAGUUAGGUGAGGGGUGAUGCUGGUUGCACCCAUUCAACCCUGCAGAGUUAACCUCCCUGUCUGUCUUGGUUGCGGUGUGUGGGAGUCCACCUGUCUAAACCAUUAACCCGGCCUACACUGGGAUAUGACACUGCGUCUGAGCACCCAGGGCUGAAUACGUAGGCAGUGGGAUGAGUCAGAGUCAAAAAAAGGGAGAAAAAGAUGGAAAGGAGAAAAACAAUCCCCAUCUAUGGCCCUGAGCUUGUGGCAGAUGUUGUGGAUCUCGAGAUUGGGUUGUACAGUGCGACCCUCUAGGCUGUGUUUAUUUGGGAAAACUGGGAUGCAGAGGACAAUCUAGCUCAGCUUGGGGACAAAAAUAUAUGUUUAUUUCUGUAUGUACAUGUGCGUGUGUAAAAAAGGGGGUGUCUCUGCCUGUGAGCUUCAAAGCAAAAAGAGAGGAUAAUAAUAGGAGGAUAGUGUGUGCGUGUGUGUUAAUGGCUAGAAAAGCCACUAAUGGAAGGAGAGAAUGGAUACCUUCAAGAAAAAGCAGGCUAUUUGUUCCUAUCCAUCAUGCUCCUAAAAGAGAAACAGGCAAAGCAGAGAAGAAGAGGAGGAAAUGGAAGGAGAUUAGAGAAAUGUUUAGUGGAGGAGGCAGACAAAAAGGAAGGACAGAGUUGGCAGGGAGAGGAGGAGAAGAGGGAGCGGAAAGAGGAGAGGGGAUAGACAGCCUCUGGUUUGUGGAGAAAGAGCAGCAUUAGCUAUUCUGUGUGAACACACACACCCACACACAAACACACACACACACACACGCAUGCAUGCACGUGCAAGGAUGAGUCACAAGCAAGGCGAAAUAAAUGAAUGAACGGGGAUAACCGCAGCGUCAGUGUUACUCUCAGACAGUUUGGGCUUUGUAGUUUUGUACCACCAUGCCACUGCAGAGCAGAAUGUUUAAGCUCGGGGAUCAGUCCUGUGUGUGUGUUCAUGGAUGUCCAACAAUGGUGUGUGUAUGUGUGUGUGUGCAAGUGCGUGUGUCCGGAUUUAAGGGUAUUAGAAAUAGUAGCAGAAUGAAUGAAAUCUUACAUCAACGCGCUGUGGGGAGUAUAAGCCGGGAGAAGUAAUGCCUGCGGUCCUCUACUGAUAUCGCUAAGACAAUAGGAUGAACAAUAAGGCAGCACACACACACACACACACACACGCGCACACACACAAAUUUAAGCUCAUUUCCUCCCUCUAUGAAGAGGUGAACUUGAGAAUCUGCUCAUUUAUUCAGUUGUUUUUUUUUCGAUGCAGCCAAUAGUAUUUACCUCUGAGUUAUUCCAAAUGCUUCUUUUAAACUAAUGUCAGAUGUAAUGAUGUUAUUUAUUUUUUUGUCAUCAGGCCCUCAGAGCGGUCUGGAGAGGAUGUGGACAUUAUUCUGACCAGACUGAGAGAGGUCAAAGCCUUCCAGAGGUUCCCUCCUCCUCUCUUACUCCAGAUCUGUGCCUGUGCCUUUUAUGAGUGCCUGGAGAAAGGCAUCACAUGUAAGUAGAAGUUAACACAAACACACUCAAAAACAUUAGUGUCACAGUCCAGUUGGAUUGUAAAGUGUUGUUUUGUGAAUUGCAUAAUUUGCCUCUGGGGUUCUCAGGCUCUUGCUUGCCCUCUGUAGAGAAACAGGGUAAAGUGUAUGUACUGAAUGUCAGCAUUAGUCUGCUUACAUCAGGAGAGCCUCUUGCUAUGUCUUCAUUGUCUCGAGUAUGCUGCAUUAGAAUGCAAAGAGCUGUGAUUAUUUUUAUUCCUGUUUACACACCUCUGCAUACACAGAUUAUAUAAGCCUUUCACUGCUGUAAGAUGUUAGCACAUAAGUGUCCUGAAUGAACCUUUGUACUUAUACAAUUUGUGACUAAUGCAUUAAUGACUAUCCUAUAGGAAUAAUUUAUUUAAGAGGAGAUUUAAACAAGCAAACAUGGUCAUGUCCUGUUUAUGUAAAUAAUAUGAACACAUUUUGUCUUAAUGAAAGACUAACAAAACGGACCCUGUUUAUUUGGUUACCACUGUAUUGGGGAACAAAUGUGACAUUAGGUAUGUUAAAGCACUUAUGUGAAUUUUUUACAGUCUGUUGUACAAAGGGUGACGAAACCCUUUUAUGCUGAAUGUUUUCUGACCAAACAUUUCCUACUGUCAGUCAAGUUAAGCUGAUUUUCCAAUUAAAAAUGAAAGCAAAGGCUGAGAUCGACCCCAUGACAACAGUCAAACUCAUAAAAGACAGAUAUAUUUCGAUAGAUAUAAAAUAGACAGAUCUUAUCAGUCAUCUGGCUGUGGUCUGACCAGUUUUUUAGGUCAUUUUAGGUCAGGAUACAUGAAGAUCUGUUUCAUAAUCAGCUAAAAACCUCUCACAACAACAGGAUGUUUUUUGUUGUGUACAAAUACAGUACAAAUACAAUCAAAUGUAACCUGUAUUUUUUACUAUUGUCUCUAUUCAUAGUAAACUCUGUCAACUUUUUUUAUCAGCAUUUAAUAUUCUUUAAUAUAUUUUACCAUCUCUAGUGUUUCGACAGGGGGACAUAGGCACCAGCUGGUACGCUGUCCUGUCUGGCUCGCUGGAUGUCAAAGUGUCAGAAACUGCUAAUCAUCAGGUUAAGUCAGCUUCAAGCUUCUAUUAUAUAACUCACUCUGCUUACUUUUACUUCUGUUGCUCCUGUGUGUCUCAUCUGUGCUUGCUGUAAAUCAUUUGAAUCACCAGUGAAUGAAGGGAUGAAUAAUGAAUUGAAUCUUAAAUCAUAGACACUGUGGGAUUCAUCCUGUAAUUUGCUGUUUUUAUGACUUCCAUUUUCCUGCUCCCUCUUGCACCGCCACUGUUUUCAUCCUGACCUUCUUAAUGAAGAUACAGGCUGCCCAUGUUAGAGAGCUGGUCCUGUGCAACUCGCUCUUUGAUAUUGACAUUUAUCUGGGACAUUAGCUCAUGUCUACAGGCUUAAAUGAGCAAAAGUUAAAAAAAUAUGCCACUUCACUGAAAAAAAAAAAAAAAACAAACAGCCACUAAGACGAUUUCUGCUUCUGUAUACCCUUUACAGAAGAUAAUGAUAAUAAAAAUGACUUAAUAAUAAUGAAUGAAAAGUGCUUUAACAGAAGAAGUAAACAAAGGUAGAAACAGACAAAGGAAAAUAUACAGUUAAAAAAUGCCGAGUUAAGGAUUGACGGUCGGUAGUCGACCGCCAAGAGGAGAGUGAGAGGAAAAGAAAAACAGAGGAUUCAUUCCCAGUAAAGGACUGAGAUACAAAGCCCCCUCAAAAUGUCCUUUCCAUGUAUUUAGCCCUAAAGAACCGGUGGUGGCCUAGUUUCUGUGGCUAUAUUUGAAUUGUCACAUUGGAUGGAUGAAAAGGUUUCCAUAGCAUGUUGAAUAUUUGUCCAAAUUAGUGGACAGUGGAUAUAUACAUUUGUGCAUGGGUUUGCAUUUUUCUCCCCCUUCCAGCCUGUCCAAUUAUCUCAAGCACCUUGGGACAUUUUCCAUACUGGAGACUGUGAAGUAGACCCUCAUAUGUGAAUUCAUUUGCAUCUAUUACCAUAAAUUAAUCAGUCUGCCCUGCAUGUCUGUCUAUUAAAACCAAACCUGUCGGUAAAUGAUGUUGCUACUGCUUUUGGCUAAAAUUAGUUUAUUAUGGUGGUUAAAUGUGAAAUGCUGCUACUUUUAUCUUGUGUUCAUCUUCCUGUACUGUCUUUAAGAAGAGACAAAUGUUCUAGUUGAAUCCUAAAACUGUCCUUGUCCUUACAUUGCAGCCAAGUUCAUUUUAUUUUAAUGGUAGGCUUUUUUUAAAUAUGUCUUUGGCUCUACAGAAUUUGUAACAAGCAGUUUUCAAAUGCCGAGGAGGGCAAAUGCACAUUUAAAAAAAUCUUUUCAUGGUUAUAUAAUGAUCAAGUGAUUAUGAAAUACAUGGUUGGUUGCGGCUCUGAUAGUCACAGCUGACAAGCAGUAUUUAGCAACAAGCAGAACUACAGUAACCAACAAUUAUCCCUGCAUGGGAAAGCUUGUUUUCACUUCCUUGUCCUAUGAAUUGAGCAAUAUUUGCCUCGAAAGUGAGCUGUUUGAAAAAAAAUGAUGUGUUUGUGUGCAGGAUGCAGUCACCAUCUGCACACUGGGGAUUGGGACAGCAUUUGGGGAAUCCAUCCUGGACAACACACCACGUCAUGCCACCAUUGUCAGUAGAGAGACCAGUGAGCUGCUCCGCAUUGAGCAGAGGGAGUUCAAGAGCCUCUGGGAGGUAAGAGACAAAGAUAGAGUUUUACUAUAGACUGUCGUGUAGCUGCAAGUUUGUGUAGCAUUGACUCGCAGCUGUGACUUUAUCUCCUGGAUAACGUCUCCCUCUAGACUGCAUUUCCACAAGUCUUACAUUGUAAUAGUGUAUUUAACCACAUGGGGGCUGUCCACCACUACUGUGCUCGCUUCUGCACCUAUUAGAUACACACCUAAGGUGACACCUGAUAUUAAGCUGAUUAAGGCAUGAAAAGAGUGCUUAUGUGUUGUACAUGCCAGUGUGUGCUUGUGUGGAGUAUUAGAUGUGUGUUAUGGCUCUGUGCUGCAUUUGCUGUUUAAAAGAUGAUGCAUCACAAUGUUUGUGUGACAUGCUUAAUGCAGUGGUUACAAUGAGAGUUAAAUACAGGAAUCUCUUGGGUACUCUUCACCAUCUGACUCAGAAACACAUUAACCACAAUAUAACUCCCUGUGUGCUUAUAGCAGGUAAAAGAUAUAUUCAAACUGCCUUUUUCAUGGCAGAAAUUUUGACUAGCCGCUGCAGGAAAAGAACAGGUGUAAUUAAUCACUUUAAUGGCUUCAUUCUUUUGACUCUCCAGCCUUGUAAUUAAGAUCAUUACUUGCACCUGUGCUUCUCCUGCAGUGACUUCUCAAAAUAAAUAGUCAAAAUGUUCCUUUCUGAUGACUGAUGAUGUUAAAUAAAAAUACACUAUGAAGGAAAUUAGAGGACAUUUACCUAAUCUGUUAUACUGUUGAGAGACACAAACAGUAUGGUAGGGGAGACCAGGGCAUGUUGUCACAUGGGCAAGUUGUCAUAUUGCAAUUAUCUUCUCCACCAGAGGGCGCAACUAAAAAGUGGAGAACUAGUUUUAUUCCUAUACAUGGUCAGGGGUUGUGUCCUGUCUGAGAAGAGAAGAGCACAUUGUGAGCUGAGAUGAGUCAAUUCACCAUUUUGCACAACCUAAAGUGAAAAAUUUUAACUUUAUAUAAUAUAUAUAAUUUAAAAUAAGCUUCUGGUCUCCCCUACAAUAUUGACUCUUUGCAGAAACAGUGCAGACAGAUGCUGCUGCAGUGCUCUCUGUUUCUACUUUAUUGUGCAAUAUUAAUGUUAUAUAACUUUUAUCCAUAUCUCAUCACUGUAUAGUAUUCCUGAGAGGAGAAAAUGACAAUAUUGCUAGAUUUGAGAAAUCACUCUCAGGGUAUUGAAAGAUAUUUCAAGUAUUGCAAAUAAAGACUGGAAAAUCACUGCUUGACCUCAUGGCUUUUACCUGACUCAGGCAUUCUCUAUGAGAGUUGGCUCUAUAGCUGCCUCCAUGCUGGUGUUUCCCUCUCUAUUCAUGAGUUGAUAUGGUACACAGUAAGUGGAUGAGUUUCCUAGAGCUUCAUAUAUUCAGCACCUAAAGGCUUCAAGUAUCUGGGCUGUUAUUUCAGUUCAGCAAAUCUUACUCUGUAUCAAAUCCAAACACCCGCCUUCCCCAUGGGAAAGCAGGAUUUACUUAUUUUGUGACAUUUUAUAAAGCCAGUCUGUCCACAAAAGGAGCUCAGUGUAGUCUGUUGACAAUGCUUUCAAAUAAAGUCACUGAAGUUGACAAUGGCUGGAGCUGAAGGCUGUGAGUCUGGAAAUAAAAUAAUCUUGGGGUGAGAUGGGAACUCCUUUUUUACUAUGACCCUCUGCUUAGGGCUCAUGGCUUGUUGCUGCAGUUGCUGUAGCACACCUCCAAGUAAACUAUCUGCAGCUAUGUUAUGAUUGAGGAAGGAUUUAAGAAGCAGGAAGACUACAUUAAACAAAAAAAGAUAUAUCAAUUAUAAUACUUUGAAUACAAAAAAUAUAAAGGACUGUAAUAUUAAAUGGGUGGCUACUAAGUGUUGACUUAUUUCUUACUUUAAGGGAACCUAAAACUGCCUUUCCCUCUCUGAUUGAGUUUAUCACUCACCCUGCACAGCAGUGGAAAGUUGUUACCCAAGAUUUUGGUGUAUUGUUUUUUUAUUGCAUUUAUUAUAAAUUAUAUUGAUUAGAAUAUGCAGCGUUUUGCAUAUUCCUAAGGUUUUUAAGGGUCUAUCAGAUGACUUUAUACAAAGUUGUGUUGUUCUAAUUCAAAGAGGUGUUUUAAUGGUUGCCAUAUAUGAAAUGCCAAAGUAGAAAUGGCAAAAAAAGGGUUCAGACAAGAGUCAUGUACAAAUCUCCAUUAUGUUCAUAGUCAUGCACAUAAUGGAAAUUUAGCAUAACUCAAGCCUUAAAAUUAUCAUUUAAAAACGAGAUUUAAAAAAAAGUCACCUUAGAUCAAAAUGUUUCCUGUAACAGGCUGUUCACAUGUUUAAUUCUGUUAUAAAACUUUGCUUCUAACAUGAGAUCCAGUGGACACUCCUUGGCUUAUGCAGCCAGCCUCAAGUGGGGGCUCAAGGGAAUUGCAGUUUUUUGCACUUUUGCAUUGAUUGAACACUAUAAAUAUGAACACUAUUUCUCAUUUAAAGCUGUAAAGAGCAGAGCUAUUCCUCUGUGCAUCUGAUAUUGGUUCUUAAAACAAUCAUGAUUGAUUCUUAUAACUCUGAUCACUUUCACAUUUUCUACAUCAGAUCAUGAGAACUUGAGGAUAUGGAUAUGACAGCCUGUUAUAUACAACAACUGUUUAUGAAAGCAUGUGUGUGCCAUCCUGUUAUCACGCUUGUUGUGUGUGUGUUUGUUGCCUAAGUGCACUGAGUCCCCCUCCCUGCUGUCUAUUUUUGGACAGUAGAAAUAAAGCAGAAAACAUAGCCUGAGGUUGUCCUUCUUUGAAUCUCAUUCAGCUUGUAGUAAAAGGACUUUUGUCUCGCAUGUUUGUGUGUUUUUGCUUGUUCGUGUGUGCUAAUUCAAGAGCGCAUGCAUGGAUGUGGUGAGGACAAGAAAGCUGAGGGAUGAAUGUAAUCAUGUGUUUGAUGAAAGGAUGAAAGAAGUAGGCGCUGCACCGUAUUCAAACACCGAGUGGAAGUGGGUUAGAGAGAUGAAAAACAGCGUGUUGUUGUAUGUGUCAGAUGUUAUAUGCUUGGUUGGCACAUGUUUUGUAAGUCUUUCCUUUUAUUUUGUUUUUUUUUACCUGCUCUCCAUCUUUCUUGCCCACUUCCUCUCUCCAUUAUGGCCCCUCUUGUGUCUUUUGCCAGCCUCCAUCCUUUCCUCCCUCCUCCCUCUACAUCCCUACCCUCAGUACUUCUUUCUUCCAUCCUAUGCUUCUCUUUCCCUCUCCCUCCCUCCCUCCAUUUUACUCCUCCUCCUGUGGAGUAGCUCAGUCAUACAGAUCACCGUGGUAACCUGGGAGAGAAAGUGGUUUGGGUCUUGGCUGGAUCGCUGAAAGAGAGAGAGUGAGAGACUAGGAGAGACAGUGGGGUUACUGUGUUUGAAAAAAGAGAGAGAGUGGGGGGAGAAAAAGGAAAGAAAGAAAGGAUGGGAGAAGCUUGUUUAGAGCAGGAUGCUAUCCGGUAGCUUAUGUGUGAGUUGUAAAGGAGCAGAGGGCAGCUCUCAAGGGUCUGAGUCCCUCCAGCAUUAGCCAGCUGAGUGUGCAACCUCAGGUAGGUCUUACUCUCUGACUAUAACACUGUGUAGUGUGUGUUUGUGUGUCUGUGUGUUGUGUUAAAGUGGGCUAGAUUGUGUUGCUCAUAUUUAUCAUUUAUUUGUUUUUUUUGUUUGUUAGAAAUGGGAUUGAAACUCUAAAUCAAAAUUGUUUUGGAGUGUUUGUGCCGGUUGUGUUUGAGUGUGUCAUCAGGACUAUGUGUCUUUGGGUCAAACAGAUGCUCUCUCUGUCUCUCCCUGUGUGUGCGUGUGUGCAUGUGUGCAUGUGUGUGGUUGUUUCAAGCACUCCUCAGAAGGUAAUGACCUUGCAGAAAAGCAGUAGCACAUGCUGGCUUAUAAUGAUCUGCCUCGUGUCUUCACUAUUGAAAUGCUCACACAUCUUAUCAUUUGUAACAGCUGUAAAAGCAACAUCUGUACACAUUUAGCAGCUCUGGUUGCUCUCAUUAACCCUGAUUUAAAUGCCUCUCUGAGGAUGAGUGUGUCUCUGUGUGUGCGUGCGUGUUAUAUAAUGUUAGUUGUUGUGCAUGUAAAUGAUCUUGCUCGUACAAAGGGCUUUGUUUUGAGGGGUACUUGUGAUUUGUGUGUGAGUUAGAGAGGGGAAAGAGAGACGCGAUGGGAUUGGAUGUUUAAUAGAUGAUGUUGUCUUAUAAAUAUAUGAUCAUAGCAGAGGUGUUAAAUCUGUGAGGACCGACAUAAAUUGUGUUGUGUGCUUGUGUUUUGUCUUGUAGAAGUAUCGUCAGAGCUUGGCGGGACUGUUGGCCCCUCCUUAUGGAGCUAUGGAGAGUGGAUCCAACAAUGACAGUGAGUACACACUCAAACACACACUCACACACUCACACACACGGAUACACUCUAGAUUUAAAAAGUACAAUAAAUAAGGCAAUACAGUCAAAAAACAUCUAUUUAUGCGUCUGAUCUUAUAUAAAAGAACAAGAAUAGUCAUAUAUUACCGUGACACAGUGGAAAGUUGAUCAUUUUGAAGUUCCUUGUAGCUGCUGCCGAAACAUAUUGCCUCUUUAAUAUACAAAAGAAAGCCAGAAUGUCAACACAGAGGUUGAAUAAUCCUAUUCAGUUAUAUAUGAAUGCCUGUAAAUGCAGCUCCUGAGUAGGUGUCAGAUGGUGCAACUUACCAUAUCAAGGAUUCUCAUCAAGAAUCCUUAAUAUGCUAAGUAUUCUUUAAAGGAAGGAAGGUAGGAGAAAGAAAGGAUCAGAAGAAAAAUACUUUUGGGCCUACGUAUACAAGCUGUCAGGGUACAAUUCCACUCUGUGGCCCCUUUCCUACAUGCGAUUCCCAGCUCUCUUUUCCCUGAUUUCUGCUCUAUCCACUGUCCUCAAUCUGUCAAUAAAGCUGAAAAAUAAAGGCCAAAAAAGUCUCAAAAAAUUUUUAAAAAAGGAAAACCAUCAGAGUUCACAGACAAGACAAACCUGGCAAAGGGAUAAGGCUUAUCACUUUGUUUAUUGGGGGCGCAAAAAUCAAUCAAGUCAAGGCUCCUCUGAGCAGCUUUGUGUUUUGUGUUUGUGUUAAAUUUUUACUUUGAAUUAUUGGAGAUAAAGCAGGAUCAUGAUAUUUAUUUAUUCUUUCUCAUCAAAUUGAGAAUAUAUUGUGUAUCUGUCUGUAUUUAUUGUUUAUGUGUUACACAUGAUGUUCAUCAGUAAAUGUCGAGCAGUAAAAUUCUUCCCUCUUGCACUACAUAACAAUUAUACAAUAAAAUAGUUAAAAAAAAAAAAAUUAGGAAAGACAAUGAAAAUGUGGAUGUUUGUUAAAAUUUUCAAUUCCUCCACAGGACUCUCGGACAAAGACAACAUGAACUCAGAUUCUGCAAACAAAACGCACAACAAGGUAAAUACUUAAGCUCCUCACUUGAAACACAAACGGCUGUCUUAGGUUCCUGCAGGAAGUGAAGAAAAAAAAAAAACUUCAGCAUGGCAACUUGAUCCCUCAAAUAACCUCUGCCAACACGUUUCAGGGAGCUGUGCCCUUCCUCCUGCAGACAAAGCAUGAAUGGACCAAACUAACAACCAACACAUGGUGGCCCAGCCAGCCUCUGUUUGUCUUUGAUCCUCUCUUGCCAGCUUUGGUCAGAAUAUCUGUUUGGAGAGGUCAUACGAGGUUCAGAAAAAAAGAUUUUAGUCUCACUGGAAAACAAAAACAAACGAAACAAAAAAAAAUGCUGUUAAGUUAUCUGAAACCGAAAAAAAAAAAAAAUCUCAGUUUUAUACAAAAACACAUCUUGGAUUCAGCAAGUAGCAUAUGAGUACAUAGUAAACUUGACACAUUGCCAUAACAUAGUGCGUUUGGUGCUGCAUACUGUCAUGUUUGUCAAUGACUCAAAAUGCCAGAUUGAAUCACAAAGUUGUGUGUGCUCUAAAAAGAGACAGUGAUGACUCACAGCCGUGAUCCUCUGUAGUUAUGCUAAUGCUAGCUAAUGCAUGCUCAUAGCAGAAAGGUCCCAUCUGUCCAAUUAGCAUGCAAGCCUUUGUUGUUUUCAAAUGCAGCUGUGUGUGUGCACGUACACAUCUGAUGUUCUCUUUUUUUAAGUUGCAGGUGUGGUCUGUAAAGGAUGUGUUAGUCUGUCUGCACCCUGUGUGUGUGUUUGUUUUUCUGAUUUACAUCUAUGAGGACGAUGCAGUGCUGUGCUUUAUGUCGGCCCUAUAAACUUGAGUUUGUGUCUUACACAUUAUUGUGCAGACCUUGGGAUGUUUUAUUGACAGUCAUAAGAUUUGUUAAACUUCAAUGGCCUAUGAUAUUGAGCUAAAUAACCAAGGAUAGUUUAUAUUGAAAAUGAGAUUGAUGAAACACUGUAGUCAGCAUCUAGAAUAAAUAUUGCCGUUUCUUUGCUCAUUUUCAGGAUCGAAUGAUUUUUAGGCUUUUUCCUCAAAUUAUACUUAAAACAUGACCUCAGAUUGGUGUUUGUCUGGACUCUCGUCAAAGGAGUUAGAGCAGCAAUUGAAAGAAUUGACUCUUACUGCAGAUGAUGGAGCACAAACCAACCCCUUUCCCUGUGAUUUCUGCAGAUUCCUUCAGAAAAGUUGCAGAGAGCAGGGAAGGUUCUCCGCAAUGCCAUCUUGUCCAGAGCCCCCCACAUGAUUAGAGAUAGGAAAUACCACCUCAAGACAUACAGGUAGGAGUAUGUUUUCUGCUCAAACCCACCUGUUUGCACAGAACAUAAUAUGCAACGGAUGAACAAAAUAUCUGGAAACCCUCUUGGUUUGUGUAUGUUGUAGACAAUGCUGUGUAGGCACAGAGCUGGUAGACUGGUUGGUGCUGCAGAGUGCUUGUGUGCUCACACGGUCUCAUGCUGUUGGGAUGUGGCAGGCACUACUUGAAGAGGGAGGACUCAACCAUGGUAAGUAUAACUUUGGCUUGGUCAGUGCUUUAACUUCAUCAUGCAGCCACGAAACUUUACUUAAAGGUGGAGUAGGCAGGAUCUAAGGAAGUGCCAGUUUUUGGGAGAAAUCUUGAAUGUAAACUCUACCCCUCCCAACCAGUUUUCCCCUCCCUCUCUGCUCCAGCAAGCCCCGCCCACAAACAGAUGCUCCUGCUCGCUUGUAUCGUUUCAAUUAAAUUCCGAUUUAAUGCAGAUAAAUACUUCAGAUAAUUACAAAUGGGGCCCAGUCAGUGUGUAAGUAAAAAACAUUGGUGCUACUGUAGAUGCCAACAGACUACCAGCAAACACAAUGUUUUUAGGACUUCUACAACUAGGAUAAAGUGACAUACUCCAGGACCCGAGGUCAACAGUUAAGUGGCGCUUCAACAUGCAGAAGAAACACUUUUGUUACAGACACUUGGCUUACUUUGUUAAAGCGGUUUACCUGUCCAGUAGAAAGGUUACAGGGUCUGUAAGAUCACGAAGCCUCCCCCAUGGUUUAAUCAUUGAUGUUGAUCUGAGUUUUUAGCUCUUGUCUGGUCUACCUCCUUUUUAAGCACCUGUUGCUCUGCCAGAGUCUCUGGUAUUUACUUUGUUUUCUUGCUUGUGUUGGAAGUCGUGGCUAAAGGAGGAUUCGGACAAUUUCCCGUACUUUCUGGUUGGUUUCUACUGUCCGAUAUUGUAGCACGCAAACUGUGUUUGGGCUCGUGAACGACACAGGGGAGCAGUGUCUGCCUCUCAACCAAUCAGGUUGGGUGAGGCAGAGAAUAGCUCUGUUAACAGUCAGAAAGAGUGGGCCACUCAAAAAAUUCUAAAUGUUGACUACACAGACAUAACAAAACAUGGCGAUAUUGUUAUUUUACCAAAUGUCAUCAAUAACUAAUAACUAUUGACUGAUUUUAAAAGCUUUUUUGUAUAUACACCACAAAAAUGAUGCUUCUUUAACGGAUUCCUGCCUACCCCACUUUUAAAGGCAGCAACAAAAUCACAGUUCAGUUUCACUGUGUGUGUUGUUGAAGAUUCAAAUAAGUAUUGAGUGAUUGAGUUUCAGCUCUUUAAGUUCUUCUUUUGACUCUUUGAAGCUGAACUUCAAUAACUGUUUAAUUGUCAGUAUGAAUACCAGCAUGGAAAUUUAAUGAAAAGACUCAAAGCUGGAACAUUAAAUAUAGAUUACAUCUUGAUCUCUAAUUCCUGCACUUCAGAGAGAAAAUGUUACUCAGAGUUAAAAAAGCACAUCUUAUCUUAUCGCUGCUUGUCUGUUCCUCAGUGGACCAGGAGCUGGGCUUCCAAGACAAAUACCUGUUCUACCGCUUCCUUGAUGAUGAGGAAGAGGACACACCAUUGCCUAGUGAGGAGGAGAAAAGAGAGAGUGAAGAAGAGCUCCCAGAGACAAUCCUCUUCCUCGCUCAGAUUGGCCCUGACGCACUGCUGCGCAUGAUCCUGAGGAAAUCGUGAGUAACAGAAAUACAUAAAAGAAUAAUCAGCACAAAUGAAUCACCCUGUACACAAGUUACAUAGUCAUAAUUAACUGGGUGAGUUGGAACUUCAUACAGUAUAUCCAGAGUCAUGUGACAUGUGACUUAUCAUCAUAGUGACCACAGCACUGUUUUAGUAUCAGGAUGUCAUCUUAGUACAGCAUAUAAGAAAUGAAGGAUGUGAAGUGUGCCAUAUUUCAUACUGACUAACCUCUGCGUGUGUCUGCAGGCCUGGUCAGAGGACAGGAGACGACCUAGAGAUCAUCUAUGAUGAGCUGCUUCACAUCAAGGCCUUAGCUCACCUCUCCAACACCGUGAGUCAACCCGUCCACAUCUCUCUUAAAGGGAUAGUGCAGGCUUCUGAAAAAGCUGGUAUUACAUCAGAGCCAAUUACUCUAGUCUUUUUGUUUGUAAGACCAGAGGGGGAAAUGAUACUAACUGUCAGCAUCUCUCUUAUCAGUAUAAUGGUACACAGUUUUACACUAAUAGCCCCUGUGCCAGCAAGCACACUCCAUCAGAAUCAGGUUUCAUCUAAUCAGGGUGACUAGAUAGUAUUAGAUGCGGUCUCAUUAUUACAUAAUGAAAAGUCCGAUGAAUCACAUUCCAGGAGAUGAUUUCUAACAUUUCUCUUUCAUUACCUCUUAACACAAUGCCUAUUCAUAAAAAACUUUGAAUAUCUUCUGUUGUGAUGUGGUGUAAACAGCCCCAGGCCUCUUAAACAAAUCUUUGCCAAAAAGAGAUUUUUGUACGUUUUCUCAAGCACAUUUCUGCACUAUAGCUAAACCUAGUUUGUUGGGCGAUGUGUUCUGGUUUACAGGUGAAGAGGGAACUGGCCAGUGUUGUGAUCUUCGAGUCACAUGCAAAAGCUGGAACAGUGUGUGAGUUUUCACUUUUAUGACUAUGUCCCAGAAUGCAUUUUGCUUAUGUAUAUGGUGUGCACCUGUAUGAUUUUAAAGUCUGUUCCCGCUGUUUCCCCCCUGCACCCUAUAACCUCCCAUCUUCUUCUCUGGGAUAUAUCAAAAAAGUUACCAUUAACUGAGUCUGCUUUGGUCUGAGACUACAGACGACAACCACUAAGUUACUUGAAUGUUGAAGGAGACUUAAAACUAUGAGGACCCUUAGGCACUGUCUUUGAUCUGUGAUUGCUAAGCAGAUUCAUGGAUGUUCAUUUGUGAUGAAUGAUUAUAGCCUCAGAGUAAGUGUAAGUCUCAGUGAAUCAUCAAACGUGUCUAUCAUGUCUGUGCGCUCAGAUUUGAGAUGUAACUCCAAGAACAGUAGCUUGAAUUGUGUUGCAGACCUUAUGUUUUUACCUCUGCUACACCUCCGGUUCUCCUUUGUAUACCUAAGUUGGCCAGAGCACAGAUAUGUGUGUUGUGAAAAAAUGGUGGUCUAAUAUGUGUUUUUCUUCUUUUCUUUUCCUUAAGUGUUUAACCAAGGAGAGGAGGGAACAUCAUGGUACAUCAUUCAGAAGGGCUCUGUCAACGUGGUCAUCUACGGAAAGGUGAGUGUGUGUUUGCUUGAAAGCUUUAAUCAACCUCCAUGUUUAGCUUUUCUCUCUUUGACUCAUGAGCAUGUGUCUCAAUGUGAUGGAUUGAAGCGCCUGGAUGUUCAUGUCUGUAUGAUGAGACUGACAGUGUGUCCCCCGUGGGGCUGGGAAACACCAGCAGUGGAGUUUGGCAAACUCUGCUCAUCUCACUGUGACUCACCACUAUGAUUAAGAGGCUUAGGGGACUGUAUGCAUGCACAAUUUCACACUAUGCACUGAUUUACAACCACAGUACAGACUGAGAUACUCCACAUGUCCAUGUGUGCGCACACAUUAAUCCCAUGUGUGCAUACAUUCUUACAUACUAUAAGCGCACACUGACAAGUACAAAUGAGUCAUCUUAGGCUUGAGGGCUCCUGUUCUUCUGAUAUCUCUUCAGGGAUUAAGAUGACUAAGAAACUGUGUUUGUGUCCAAACUUGCUUGUAUCUGAAAGGGUUUUUAUUAACACGUGUGUCCAUGUGUGUUUUUCUUAGGGUGUGGUGUGUACGCUCCAUGAGGGCGAUGACUUUGGGAAGUUGGCCCUGGUUACAGAUUCACCUCGUGCUGCCUCUAUCGUCCUGAGGGAGGACAACUGCCACUUCCUGCGUGUUGACAAGGAAGACUUCAACAGGAUACUCAGGGUGGGCAGGGGGAGAGGGACAAUUAUCCUGGGAUAGGGUACAAGACGAGUAGUAUUAAAUCACUCCCAUUGUUUGCACUGAAAUGAACAUGGUUUUAAGCCAGUGUGUGUUUACAAAGUCACCGCAAAGUCAAGAGUUAGAUGCAUUCGUCUAAACACGCUCUGACUUUGUGCUGCCCUACUACAUUGUUUGUCUCCCUCCGCUGGUAGAGAAGCUGCACUACAUUUAUAGUAACACAUUUUUGCCUUCAACAUUAAAUGAUAUAACUGAUUAUUUACUCUUGUUGCCUUUUUAGGAUGUCGAGGCCAACACUGUGCGCUUGAAAGAGCAUGAUCAAGCUGUGCUGGUGUUAGAAAAGAGUCCCCGUGCCUCCACCCUGGGAAGCAUCAAGUAUGUGUGAAGACUCUGGCAAACACACAAGUGAACUGUAGGAUAUCAGUCUUAUUUUGCUGUCUAGUAAAAACUGGGUACAUGUUUUCUUUAUGGAUAUUUUUGCCUUUUGCAGGUACACUGUUAUUUCAGGAACUCCAGAGAAGAUUCUUGAGCAUUUCCUGGAGACCAUGAGGAUGGACAUACACCACAGUGAACCAGGUAGCCCUAAAGUCAAAAACAAGGGCUACUAGGCCUACAUUUAGAUGGAUGUUUCCUCAGACUAAAUGAGUUAGGAUAGAAAUGGAGAAUGCAUAGAAAGAAAAGCAUGAAAAUGUUCUUUUCAAACUGCCAUUUAGGUAACACUUUAUUUGACGCCUAUCUCAAUAUCACAUUAUAAAUAUAUGUAUAAUGUGUUAUAAUCACAUCAUAGCAAUGUAUAACUAUAGUUAUAAACACUCAUAAAUGAUAAUAAUGCUUUAUAGCAACACAUUAUAAAGCAUUUUAUCAUGACUUACAAGGUCAGGUAUUAUGUGUUAUAACUGUUAACAACAGUUGCAUUGCAUUAUCUAUGUUGGCUUUGUCAGUGAGUUGUUAACAGUUAUAACACAUUAUAAUACCUGACCUUAUAAGUCAUGAUAAAAUGCUUUAUAAUGUGUUGUGAUUAUUGCUAUGAAGCACUAUGAUCAUUUAUGAGUGUUUAUAACUUAAGUUAUACAGUGCUAUGACGUGAUUAUAACACAUUAUACAUAUAUUUAUAAUGUGAUAUUGAGCUAGGCGUCAAAUAAAGUGUUACCUAAAUGGCAGUUUGAAAAGAGCAUUUUUAUGCUAUAUAUUGCUAUAAAGCAUUAUGAUCAUUUAUGAGUGUUUAUAACUAUAUUUGUACAGUGCUAAAACAUAAUUAUAACACAUUAUUCAUAUAUUUAUAAUGUCUUACAGAGAUGGGCAUCCAAUAAAGCGUUACUGCAAUUUCUAUAUCUUUGACCUCAAUGAUUUUCCUCCACAUCUGUUGCUGCCUACAGAUCCAGCGGUGGAUGAUUUUGCCCUCAUGCACUGUGUCUUCAUGCCCAACAGCCAGCUGUGCCCCCUGCUCAUGGCCCAAUAUCCUUCUCUGAAUGGAUUUACCUAAUUCCCUUUUAUUUUUUUAAUAUGUGCUGUCUAUGAUACACACUUGUAAGGUAAGCAGACUCAAAAAUAAGUUACUCUAUCCCUUGCAUUAACAUGACAGCCCACCCAUGCAUGUGUCUGUUGUUGGUGAUUCACUGACAGAGUUUAGACUGUGUGACUUCCAUGUUGAGCUGUGCUGUGGCAGCAAUUGACUGUUCAGCACUAAUGAACAGGCCAGACCAGGACCACUUUCUCUGCUAACAUGUUUCUGUUUUAACCUCAUAGUUAUUGUUCCAUGGCGAGUGCUUUCACUCAUUAAAACUAAUGGCAUGAGCCGCCUGGUUUCCUGAGCAAAUGGCUGCUCCUCAAUGAGUGUUUUUGCUUGUUACUGAGGAGGUUUGUUUGAUUCUAGUUUCAGAACACUCCAGUUUUAUCCACCUUACGGUUUAAUAGCUCCCUGCUCUGCUACUAAUGUGUGCUUUGUCCAUAAAGUAACCUAUCCAUGCAUGGCUCUACUGUUAGCUGCAGAUGGCCGAUACCAAUGCCCCAUCUGUUUGGAUGUUAUAAACUGAAGGGAAGUGACUCUUUUACCAGCCUGUAUUGCCUCAUUAAGUGUUAAGAUUGAGUGUUUUUACCCAACGUUCAAUCAGCCCAGUUAUGGUUCUACUGUUGCGUUAGUGGUCUGCUUAGGUCUGUAUUGGUUUCUAAGGACAGCUCUACUAUGCUGCCCUCUUACCCACACAUUCAAGAGUUAACCAGACCUCAAGUCUGCCUCACCACACUAACCAUGACAGGGCCUUGGCUUCUAUUCAGGAUGCCAGGGGUCUUGGCGAAGUGCCAUCCACAGAGCCAGCUCCCCCCCCCCCCCCCCCACUGUGUCACCUGAUGAGGCUGUGAGAUAUGAUGCUGACAGUCGAAAACGACAGUGUCAUGUUAGAGAUGGCUGUCUAGUAGAGUUAUGAGAGCUAUGAUGCAGCAGCAGCAGCAUGCACGUGCACUAUCUGAAACUGUAGCAUACAGUUAGCCCUGUCAUGGAUACAUCCAUCCAGAGCUUCAAUGAUGCCCCGCUGAUUUUUACCCCAAUGACCUAGAAGCUCAGCAGAUGGAUAGCGAUACUUAUCCUGAGUGCCGCCAGUUAUUGUCCCCACUUUCAGAGCCAGACUGCAAUCUCUUGGUCGUUCAGGGCUGCUAUGUGGCUUAGCACAGUGCUUUGGUCCAAGAAAUUCAGAGACAACAAACCCCUUUAGCAGCCUGCCAGUUUUCAAGGACAGACGCUUCGACUGAGGUUUCCACAUCAAGAGGGUUAUGACACCAACUACCCCUGACUGUCAGCUUGUCCUGGUGCCUGUGGUACUUACAGAGUCCUGAUGGCUCAGCCCUGAACUAUUGGGGAGGGUGACUCUUGAGUAGCUGCACUUCUUUCUCAUAGUCACGAUCUACAGUUCUGAUGCUUGUCCCCAGUUUGAUCAGACCAAUUUGGGAGAAUGACUGGACUGGAUUUACGAUGGCUGAACAAAUUUCUAAAAGUGUUCCUGUUUACAUGCCAAGCACAGCAAAAGUGGUUCAUGCGUAUGUGCUAACCCUCCAGUAUAUGAAUGACUGGCUGAUCCGCUAACAUGGGAACAGACAGAUCAGUCGCCCUUUGUCAUGUGAAAAGACGGGCUUCACUGUCGAUCAUUCUGACAGCUGUCAAAGGAUAGUACUCAUUGGCUUAACCUGGUACUCUUGUCAGAUAUUAGCCUGUCCUGCUCUAGAGUGAGUGGACUGUUUCUUCACAGUUUCAAAUGAACCGUUUGAAGUACAGCUCUUUUUGUUUUGUUGACAUCUACGACAACCCUUAUCUCCCUAAAUCCCACCCCGUUCACAGAUUACUUUCUGUCAGUGAGUUUUAUCUUUAACCUCAUUUGCACCUACCAUGCGGCGGCUCCACCCGGCUCUGAACAGGAGAGGUUGGAGUAUGCAAUCAACAGUAAAAGACGGGCCCUGAUUCUGGCUCUGCGCUGGGCUAACACACACUCAUACCUGCUACAAGAGGAGCCGGCUGCACUCCCUUUUCUUGAGGUGAGCUUUCAUUCGGGUAAAAACCAGAACAUGCGGUAUGUGCACAGUAUUAAUAUGGUUCUUCCUUUUUGUCUCUUCAGGAGCUGUAUGGGAGUGUAUCUAAUGAUUCCAGGAUACUGAGAGCUUUGAAAGACUUGGUUCCUGACCUAGAGAAAGUUGUUAAAUUACAGUAUGUUCAUCAGCUCCUGCACUCACUAUUCUUACUGCACAUUUUUCUAUGCCAGCCAGACUUUUUGAACCUCAUUUUUUUUUUGCUUUUGCAGCUCAGAAGAAGCGAAAGGCACAAAAAAGGUGUGUCUAGACUACUAGGAGAAGAAAAUCUUACAUGUUAGCUUCAUCACUGGGUAACAGAGCCUGACUGCACUUUUUUUUUUUGUGUGUGUGUGAAAUUUGACAGAAAACCUUAAUACGACAGUUCAGCAACGGAGAAGAGAGGCUGCAGAAGAAACAGCCCAUUAGGAAUCAAGAUGACAGUAAGUUUUGUUGAGCAUGUAGCGAUCAAGAUGUUUGAUAACUGUAUGUUAGAUUACAUUUAAAUGUUUCAACUCACUUACUCAGGAGAUAAAUCGCAUCAGUAAGCAAUCAUAACCUUUUUUGUAACACUAUAGUUUAAGUUAAAGUGUUUAUAAUUUGUGUUUGUGUAUCCAGUCCUGUUGAAGGUGUACUGCAGUGAUCAUACUUACUCCACAAUCCGCGUUGCUGUGGCAGCUACAGGAAAAGAAGUGAUCAGUGCUGUGGCUGACAAACUUGGCACCACUGAUGAGCUCGUCUUGGUCCACCUGAACUCUGCUGGAGGUAAGAAAAACAUUUAAUUUAUAUACAAAGAAGACAGACAGAUCAUCAUUUAUUUCAACAAGGAAUACAGUAACAAUUAAUUUUAGGGACUGUGUUUAAGUGUUAGCAUUUCAACUUUGCAAACAGGGGUUAUAGGGCAGUAUGCAGUGUUAAAUAACCAUCCUUAAUAUUGAUAUUAUCAUUCAGGUAGUCGUAGGGCAUGUCUGUGAUGACGAAAACUUGACUGUCAAUAUUUUAAUCCCAGAAAAACAGAUCCUGAAGCCCAAUGAUGUGUCGGUGUUUUCUACUGUGAGCAUCAAUGGAAGAUUAUUUGCCUGUCCCCGAGACCAGCUGAACAAUAUGGUAAGACAUAAAGGUUUUUUUCUUUUUUUUGGGAACAUCUUCAUCGUGCAUAAAUUGAGUUGACAGUGAUAUUUACCACAAUUUCUUUGUUGAGACUACUCUGGCUGUGAUGAAAUAUGUCUGAAGCAAAGUACAGAGUGUACAGCCCUGAGGGAGUGAGCAGCAAACUGCUUUUCCUGAAUUAUCGUCAUAAUAUUGGAUCUUUGUCAUGAGUGUUUUUUCAAAAGCGAGUUAGUGUGAAUACUUGGUGUGUCUCAGACGACUCUUCCAGAUCAGGAGGGACCCACUGCAGGCUCCAUGUCAACUUUUGAGCUGAUGAGCUCUAAGGACCUCGCUUACCAAAUGACCAUGUUUGACUGGGAGCUCUUCAGCUGCGUGCAUGAGGUAUCACACACGCACAUGCACACUUCAAAAGCAGCUUAGGUUUAUAGUAAAAAACUGUCACAAGCUCAGAAGCUAGUUUGACGAAAGAUAAACCUUUUUAUAUCCCACGGUGGGAAAUUUGCAGAUAAAGGAAUUGCUGCUGCAUCAUUGUUUAUAAGAAAACGCCAUCUGGAGUAAAAUGCAUCCUGCAAACCUGUCACAUCUCACAUCUCCUUCUUUCCCCCACCCAGCAUGAGCUGCUAUAUCACACAUUUGGCCGACAGAGCUUCAAGAGAACCACAGCCAAUCUGGACCUGUUUCUGCGGAGGUUCAACCAGGUCCAGCUGUGGGUGGUCACUGAGGUCUGCUUGUGUGGACAGCUAAGCAAGAGAGUCCAGCUCCUGAAGAAGUUCAUCAAGAUAGCCGCACAGUGAGCGUACACAUUUUACGUUUGUUUGAAAAAGCUCUUAGUGAUUCAACCUUCUGUCAGAGCACUCACUUUAUGUCUUCCUUGUGUUUUUCUGUAGUUGUAGAGAGUUUAAGAACCUGAACUCUUUCUUCGCCAUUAUUAUGGGGAUGAGCAACCCUGCUGUAAGCAGACUGAGCCAAACAUGGGAGGUAAAUUUUUCAUUUUAACUGUUAAGUGUUUGUGUGGAUCUCCAUACUCCUGAAGUUCUGAUCAAUUUUUUUAAAUGUUUUUCUCUUGCAGAAACUUCCCACCAAGUUUAAGAAGUUUUAUGCUGAGUUUGAAAGUAUGAUGGUGAGUUGUUUGAAGUCUAUUUUCCUCAUUAUGUUUGGGUUGGCAGCAUGGGUGUACUUAUUACACUACAAUAUCUUAAAUGUGCAUGGAUAGAUAUCUCAAAGAAACCAAAAUAUCCUGACUGGCCGAUCCAAAUAUUUUGCAAUUUUUUUACUGUGCUACUUGUCUAAGGGAUCUUGUCUUUUAUAUAAAUUUGGGAACAGGAUCCUUCAAGAAACCACAGAUCUUACCGUCUCACUGUCACCAAACUGGAACCACCAAUCAUUCCCUUUAUGCCCCUCCUUCUUAAAGGUACAACACAUGUUUCUGUCACAGGAUAUUGCACUCUGGAUGGAAUAUGGCUGGAUUUAAUUUUUAUGUAAUUAAUUUCUUUACAGACAUGACGUUUACACACGAGGGCAACAAGACAUUCAUUGACAAUAUGGUCAAUUUUGAGAAAAUGGUGAGCAUCUGUGCACACAAAAAUCCAAACUCUCCAUUUUUGUGAUUUGUUUUAUACAUUAAUCUUAGACCAGCUGAAGUUCUGAAGUUUCUCUUCCCUUUAAUUUUUUUCUAGCGUAUUAUAGCCAACACAAUUAGGCAAGUGAGGCACUGUAGAAGCCAACCAUUCAGUAAGUCCGCAUGCUACAUUUCGGCACAUUUUCUUCAUCACACACUUUGAUACGCAUCUUUUCAAUCAUGUUUGCGAUUUUCUCCGACUGUGUUAGAUCCAGACAUAUGCCAACCCAACAAAAACCAAGCCGAGGUGCGGGGCUACGUUAGGAAGCUCUGUGUGAUUGACAACCAGAGGGCGCUGACUCAGCUCUCCUACAGGGUCGAGCCUCGACGGACAUGAACUCCAGAUCUUCCACCAUUAUCGCCUUCUUUGUGACGUUAGCAUAAAAAAUACACAUAUUACCUGGAUUUAGUAACCAACGCAGCUGGUUGUACAGUAGCAAAUCACAACAGUCAGUGAUUCUAGCACUAUCAUGGACUCUUAUGGAUAAAGGACUUAAACUGUGCCAUUAAAAGCCUCGUCUCCUUCCUGAACAGAACGUGUUCAGUUGAUCUCGUUGCAGUGUCUCAGCUCCCCAAAUCUGAGGGUUGUAACUUUACUGGUUGUUACUGUUUGGGACCUGUUAGAUAGAACUGUAAUGUAUAGAACUUGAUCAAAUAUCCCGCAUGUCUGAACUUUAUAGGCUUUGUGUUCUAUACAGUGGAUUUCUAUCAGAGUGCCCUGUAAUUUUGUGGUACCUAAGAUGAGCCCUAGUUUACAAAAACAUUACUGUACCUGCCUGUAAAUCAAACCGUAUUCUCUUGGUGGUCUUAAUCAUAGAGGGAAAAACAUAGAACCAUAGUAACAUAGACUCAUCAUUACUUCUUUGAAAUAUACAGCUAAAUAUAAAAUGUGAAAGUACUCAUUUACUUUAUUAUCUACAUGAUUAUACUCAAGGCCUUGAAAAAACUAGGAUUUGAUGUAUUUUAGGUAAAUAUCAGUGUUCUCUAAAAUAGUAAGACACUUCAAAACUACUUUAAAAGAGUAUUAGUUGAAUUGAAGUCCUAUUGGUAUUGGGAAAUCUUAAAUUCAUCAUUGCAGUAUUGCAUUUUUCAGUUGGAGUUAAACUCUUAAAGAACGUGAGUCAAUGCUCCGUAUAAUCUGCUCUGAGGUCAGUUUUAUGAUCAAGUUGUACUCCUUUAAUUUGAAUCUCAAACGUUAUGGCGCAACUCCCACUAAAAGGGGAACUCUUCUCAUCUCUACCAGUUGUGAUCAGUCUGUGUGAUUUUAUUUUUAUAUCUGUGUGAUGGUGUAGAUUUUUGAGCGUGUUCUUGACAAGUGUCAUUGAUUUUCAUUUGAUCUCAGGAGCUUUUGAUGUGACUGUAUGUCGAGAACUGUUGUGAGGCUGGCUCUCCUUAGAGCAGCCUGUAACUGUACUGUAUGUGUGGUCUGCCUUGUAAAUAAAAAAAGGCUAAUUUAACAGUGC